ACAGAUCGACACGGCGUCAUUACACGAAUUUUCUCUGUGUUGGAAAGACGUACGAUAUCUCGUAACUCAAAAAACAACAAUGUCUAAUGCUGACGUCGCUACACCAAAGGCAAAGAAGGCUGCCAAGCCCAAGAAGCCUGCAACUCAUCCAAAAUACUCCGACAUGAUCAAGGCAGCACUUACAGCUCUGAAAGAGAAGGGAGGAUCCUCAAGACAGGCCAUUCUGAAGUACAUUGUCGCCAACAACAAAGUUGAUGCUGAGGCCGCUAGCCGUCAUUUGAGAAUGGCCCUCAGGGCUGGAGUGAAGAACGGAAGUCUGAAGCAGUCCAAGGGAACUGGAGCCUCGGGAUCCUUCAAGCUGGGAGAAAAAGCCGCCAAGGCACCCAAAGCCAAGAAAGCAGUAAAGCCCAAGAAAGCCGCCGUUAAGAAACCCAAGAAGGCUGCAGCAAAGAAACCCGCAGGAGAGAAGAAGGCCGCAAAACCUAAAGCAAAGAAGGCAAAGUCUCCCAAGAAACCCAAGGCUGCUGGUGAGAAGAAACCAAAGAAGGCCGCCAAAUCUCCAGCCAAGAAGAAGGCAGCCGCUAAACCUAAAGCCAAGAAAGCAGCAAAGCCUAAGAAGGCCGCGGCCAAGAAGUGAACGUGCUAAGCCGACUUGUGGACUAUUUAUUUUGUACAUAUGUACAGGGACUUCUCAUUUCUAGACGCUAGUUGAUGUGUCACAAUUUCAUAUUCAUUGGACUUCAGAUGGCAGCAAUUCAUGUUCAUAAUGUGCUAAAGGUGUGUGAAAGUAUAAUGUAAGAGAUGAAUGGAAGUGCUCAUUUUAUCAUAUUCAUGUUCAUUGUUUCAUCUUACAUCUGUUAACAGAAAAUGUUCUUUUUCACUCUAUGAGUGUGUAUAUAUUCAUUUUUAUGUGCAAAAAGGAAAAAAAUCUUGUAUAAAAAUUUAAAAAGUUGUAAUAA